AGGUGGGAGAUAGAUAUAAGGGCAUCGUCUUGGAAUAACGGAUAUCAGUGAGUAUCGCGCUGUUUUCGCAUACGACACACACGGGAGAAUACGUACAGCGACUGGCAACAUGUCGAAGUUUCAGAGCCUGUUAUGCCACUUGUGCGCGACGAUUGCAAUGAGUCACGCGGUGGUGUUAAGCGGGUAUAACGGCGGUCACGGGAUCUCUUACACGGAUUACGAGGGCCUCGAAGGAUACCCAUCCCAAUACGAAGGACACGCCGUGUUGCCCACAGUGGCAGUUCCGGUACACGCUGUUUCCGCUUCGCCUGUUCACGUUACAGCCACUCUUGAUCAUGGAUCUCACGGAUACGAUCAUCACGCGGAUCAUCACGGUCACGAUUACUACGCCCAUCCGAAAUACAUGUUCAACUAUGGCGUCCACGACCCUCACACAGGGGACGUGAAGACCCAGCACGAGGUUCGCGAUGGGGACGUGGUUCACGGUUCGUACAGCGUCAACGAGCCUGACGGAAGUGUGAGAAUCGUCGAGUACACGGCGGACGACCACAACGGUUUCAACGCGGUGGUUAAAAAAGUUGGUCCGGCCAUUCACCCGAAACCCAUCCCCGUGGCCAAGUACAUAUCCCCGGCGUAUUACAAUAGUUACGAGGAGUACGAGAAGCAUCACUUUUAACACAAUUGUGAAUCGCGUUUAAAAUGGGGAAGGAGAGAAAGAGAAGGAAGAAAAUAGAAUUGCCAAUAAGAAUUAAAAGAAUUAAAAGCAUUCGCUACGACUUAAAGUGUCAUUGACUCGAUGAUGAAAUCACGAUUUUCGUUCACCCGAAAUAUUGCUGACACACACGUUGUCGAAUCGAAUGCGCUGGGUUAUUUCACUUUGGCGACAUCGAGUGCACGAGCCAUUGUCGAGAACAAACUUUGUCGCGAACGUCUCGUGGCUGUUUCGCCUCGGAUUUCCAUCGGAUGGAAA